AGCCCUUCUCUCGGGCUCAGAUCUACUCACCGGGAAUAUUUCACACCACACAGCUUCAUACAGUAUCUCCUCUCUUGGGCUUCAAUGUUGUCCAAAAAGCUUCAGCGGACUAAUGCAAAAAAAAACUGAAAAACAAUGGAUAAGCGAAACUGCAAACCUAUGAUACAAACAUCUUUUUUUGCAUUUCACAUUAAUUGACGAGUAAAUAGGAUCUUUUUUGCUUUUGCAGCGCAGUGCACAGAUCCUUUUCUGGAAUAUGCUUUCGUGAAAUCCGUCGGAUCAGUCCGGUAGCUAAUAUCAGUUUCAACUAGGCUACUGUAGUUUGCAAGAAUGAGUGUGCAGUGGAUUCAUAAUCCGGUACCGGGAAGACACGGACACAAGCGCUUUGACACAGACGAGCCCGUGACCAGAUGUCCGCGUCUCAGCGAGCCUUCGGCUGAUGCUGGUCUCCUGGGUUCCUCGCCGGGAUCUCCGGUAAGCGGAGCGCCUCUGAGCGUCACCUCAGCCCAUCAGGGUCCCGCUCGCAUCGGCCAGUUCCUGCUAGUGCCACUGACCGACCGACCGGGGGUGCACAGCGCUUUAGACAUGGACACAGGAGAGGAACUGCUCUGCAAGGUGUUUGAUAUGGGCCAAUAUCAGGAGAAAAUAAGAGCCUACAGCAUGCUGUCAAGUCAUAAGAACAUUGCACAGAUCAAAGACAUAGUUCUUGGGGAAUGCAAAGCCUAUGUAUUCCAGGAGAAGGAUUUUGGCGACAUGCACACCUUUGUAAAAAGCAGCAAGAGGCUUCCUGAAGAUCUGGCUUCCAAGCUUUUCUACCAGGUGGUGUCUGCAGUGAACCACUGCCACCAGGUUGGCGUCGUUUUGGGGGACCUCAAGCUUCGCAAGUUUGUGUUCUCAGACGAGAAAAGGAGCCAUUUGAAAUUAGAGGGUCUGGAGGACUGCCAUAUUCUGUGCGGAGAGGACGACUCGAUGUUCGACACGCACGGCUGCCCUGCGUACGUGAGUCCGGAGAUUUUGAACGGCGGAGGGUGUUACUCAGGCAAGCAGGCGGAUGCGUGGAGCCUCGGCGUCAUGCUGUACACAAUUUUGGUGGGCCGUUACCCUUUCCACGACCCGGACCCCGCAACCCUGUUCUCUAAGAUUCGACGGGGCACAUAUUGCCUUCCUGAUGGGCUGUCUUUAAGGGCACGCUGCCUACUUCGCAGUCUGCUCAGAAAGGACCCCAGCGAGAGACUGACCACCGCAGAGGUGCUCAUUCACCCGUGGUUCUAUGGCAACACGCUGGACACAGGAAAUGCAGAACAGGAAGUCAACCUCAGAGAACAGACAGUGCCCCAGAUAGAAAUGGAGCAGGGUGAGGAUCUUUUCUCCUGAGGAAACCAGUAUAGCUUGAAUAUGGACCAAAACUGUUUGUUAUCUUGGUGGGUUUUUUUAUUAGUUGGUUUCUUAUACAGAUUUUGUAAUAGAUUCAGAAGUAUACACUCACUCAAAGUACUGUAUCAUCUAUGUCAGCUUUAAGGACAGUGUGCACAGCAGCCAGUGUGUUUUGAAGUUGUUUGGUGCUAGUGAACCAUUCUUGUGCUGUAUGACGUGAAUGAGACUGGGCAUUAUGGGUCACCUGAUAAAGAGAGAAUGUGAGAAGUGAGAAUGUCAGCAUGGUGACUAACCUCGGCCUAUGGGCCAAACCUGUGGCUUCACUCUUAUACUGACAAAACGAACCGUGCCGGGGUGCGUUUCCCAAAGCCAACCAUCAUCGCAAGUUCCGUCGUUACCAAUAGAAUUCAAUGGAACUUGUGACCAUAGUUGGCUAACGAUGCUUUUGGGAAAUGCUCCUCUGGUUGACUCACCCACUGAAUACUGCAGCACCAAAGGUACAAGUCUCCUUUGAUAGAAGGAGAAUGGAAUCACUCACAUACAUAUGGAGGACUAAAAGUGCCACCUAAAAAUAUAACGAAGGAACAAUUAUCAGUGUAUUAAUAAAAAAAAAAAUCAAAUUGACAAAAUAAAUAGACAUAUUUUAACAUGUUUAUUUAAUUAAUGUUUAAAAAAAUGUUUUAAAAAGUAUUUAAAAAAACAACAAUAAAUUGCUUUUAUUUUUUAUAUUUUUCUUUUCCCAUUGGCAGCCAUUGUACAUAAAAGGGGUGUGUCUUAAAAUUCAUUUGAAAAUUCAUUGGUUGCUCCCAUGUAUGCACUGUCCAAUGAUAUUUUCGAACUCAACUGACAAAUGGAUUAAAAAACAUUUGGCAAAUAUUUUUAGAAAAUCAACAGGUCAAUGCAUAUUUUCAUUUAAAAUUAUUUAUUUCAUUAAUAAUACUAGAAUAAUUAUAAUUAAUAUUUUAUUAUUAUUUAUUUAUAAUUAUGUGGUUUAUUUAAAUGCAUUUUUAUUUUCGAAUUAAAAAACUGAUAAUUGAUUUCUUCAUUUUCUUUUAGGUGGCACUUUCUCUUAUAUGCGAUACGUUAGCCUAACCUAUACAUCUCUCAGAAAUGUCAAACUGUACAGAAGGAUCGUUCAAACGUUAAAUGUCAGUUAUUGACCCUUAAUACUCUGUUUCAUACAGAUUAUUAAAUUCAGUGAAUUUCCAAUAAAUGUUCAGGAUGAGCCUCAGGACAGAAACACACAGACAGAUACAAAGUGUUCAUUCAUCCUGCUGUAUCCUGAUCUCUAAGCUUUCUAGUCACAGUUUCCUUACUUGAAUCCAAAUGAUCCUCAUAAAAGCAUAAGACUUCAGUAUGGCAGGCCAGUUCAUACUGCGGGUAAGAUAUAAGAUGACUCAACAGCUGGGCGUUGGUGUAAUGAAGAGGAAAGGGCUAUGAACCUCAGUGUGACUACGUAUGCGUAUCUUCACUCUCACUGUAAAGAAAAGAGAACAGUACUAUAACAAGCACUACUGUAAGAGUAGAGUGUCCUAGCUCUGUUUUUUUACUUCCCUCUUGUUGGGGGUUGUAUGUUACCUCUGAAUCCAAGCAUAAUGGAGAUAUGCGACGUUUAUGGUUUCUGAAAGGCUCUUUAUAAGCAAAGGCUGGAGGGUAUGCAAAAUGUCUGUCUCAUGCAUGCAGCACAUGGGGAAAGCUGACACGAGUGCACGGAGUUCUAUUGCACUGUGAAUUAUGUAUUUGUGACACAAACCCCAAGGCUUGACCAUGAGGGUUUAACAGUUAAAAUUCAUUGUACAAAUGAGCAUGUGUAAAUAUGUACAUCUUAAGUGUGUGAAAAAAAUUGUGAAAAAAAUUGAAUAAAGAUUACUCUCUUAUUUA